AUGUGGAUCGUCAACUGGUUCUACGAUGUCCUCGCUUCGUUGGGCCUGCUCAACAAACACGCCAAGCUCUUGUUCCUUGGACUGGACAACGCCGGCAAAACCACUCUGUUGCACAUGUUGAAGAACGACCGAGUGGCAAUCUUGCAACCGACUGCUCACCCUACGUCAGAGGAACUCGCCAUUGGUAACAACCGAUUCACCACUUUCGAUCUCGGCGGUCACCAGCAGGCUCGCCGUUUGUGGAAGGAUUACUUCCCCGAAGUCAGUGGAAUUGUCUUCCUGGUCGACGCCAAGGACCAUGAGCGCUUCCCCGAAUCCAAGGCCGAACUUGACGCCCUGUUGGCAAUGGAGGAGCUGGCCAAGGUGCCCUUUUUGAUCCUGGGCAACAAGAUCGACCACCCGGAUGCCGUCAGCGAGGACGAGCUGCGCCACCACAUGGGUCUGUGGCAGACAACGGGCAAGGGCAAGGUUCCUCUGGAGGGCAUCCGGCCGAUUGAAGUGUUCAUGUGCAGUGUUGUCAUGCGACAGGGCUAUGGCGAGGGAAUCAGAUGGCUGUCUCAAUACGUCUAA